AAUUUCAAUUAAGAGUUAGAGACUUAACCGAGUCUAAGUUAUUUCGAGCUCUAGUUCGACUAAUUUUCGAACGUAUUCGUGUUCGUUCAUUUAAUAUUCGAACUAUAAUUUUCGUUCGUGUUUGUUCGUUUCUUGGUUCGAAAUGUUCUUAUUCGUUAGUUUAUAUAGUCGAACUUGUUCGCGAAUUGUUUAAAUUGUUCGACAAGUUCGUGUUCGUAUUAUUCGACAUGUUCUUGUUCGUGUCUGUUGUUUUUUUUAAAGUACAUUAUAAGUUAUUUUGUUUUAUAUUUGACAUAUUUUCAUAUUUAUAUAUUUUAUUAUAUAUGUAUAUAUUAUAUAUAAAUUUAU